UGAUCUUUUAAUUGAGAAUAAGUACUAAAAUCAAAAGUUUAAUUUUAACGACUCUAUCAUAUUAGAGUUGUCAGUGUGAUAGAUAACUAUGAUAUAAAAGAUUAACUUGUACACAUAAUUUGAAUUUUUGGAUAAUUAUUUCAAUUUCUGUUUGGUUUCAGGUAGAGGCCACCGGCCACCGCCUGCGAAAGCUUCUUUUUCUAUACACACUUCCAAGUUCCACGUCUCCAUGUAAAACUCUACCUCCCCUUCCACCGCAUAACCCUUCGUCUCUCUCUGCAACACUCUCUCCAAACGUGUCUGAUGUUUCAUGUUCAAUUCUGAGAGCCAAGAGCUAUACAAAAUCAAUCGGAACUUGUUUCCUUCUCAUGAUCCACGAUAAUUCACACCACGACAGAAAAGAUGGAUUCAAUUUCUGAUCGGCGUAGGGAUUUUGUAUCUGCUGCUCAUGGUCAAUUUCGAAGUACCCUUCCUGUUGAAAUCAGUUACUCAAGAAAAAGAUGCAGAACAAAGUUCUAGAAAUACCUUGUUCUUCACCGACGGAUUGUCUAAGGAAUCGUUAGUCUUAGACAGUGAAGAAGAAUCCCCAAUUCGACCUCUGAAAGUCCCCCAUUAUGCUCCAUCAAAUCCUAGGCGUGUUGGAAAAAUCCGCGAAUUCAAAGCUUUAUCAAACUUGAAAUUUGACGUCGACUUUGUAAACACUACACCUGGAUUUGGGGGAAUUCAAACAUCUGCAAAAGAAGCUUUUCUCGUAGGGAAGAGUUUCUGGGAAGAAGUUGAAUCACCAUCGAAAAACAACAUAACAGAAGGUAUCAAAAACCAAACUAUGGAGACUUGCCCUGGUUCGAUUACGCUAUCAGGUUCUGGUUUCCAAAACAAGGGAAACAUUAUCGUGCUUCCUUGUGGGAUGACAUUGGGUUCACAUAUAACUCUUGUCGGGAAACCUAGAAAGGCUCAUUUUGAACUAGACCCAAAGAUCUCAUUGUUGAAACAGGGUGAGGUUUCACAGUUUAUGAUGGAGUUGCAGGGUUUGAAAACUGUUGAUGGGGAAGACCCACCAAGAAUUUUGCAUUUUAAUCCUCGAUUGAAGGGUGAUUGGAGUGGAAAACCUGUGAUUGAACAGAACACUUGUUACAGAAUGCAAUGGGGAAUUGCUCAUCGAUGCGAGGGAUGGAAGUCUAGGGUUGAAGAAGAGACUGUUGAUGGUAAGGUGAAAUGCGAGAAGUGGGUUCGUGAUGAUGAUGGUCACCUCGAAGAUUCAAAAGCAAGUUGGUGGUUGAAGAGAGUGAUAGGCCGAACCAAGGUGGCUUUUGACUGGCCCUUUCCCUUUGUUGAAGGGAAGCUAUUUGUCCUCACUCUUAGCGCGGGUUUAGAGGGUUAUCAUGUCAAUGUUGAUGGCAGACACAUCACUUCAUUUCCUUAUCGAACAGGAUUUGCAUUGGAGGAUGCUACGGGUUUGGCUUUGAAAGGUGACAUUGAUGUCCACAUAAUACUUGCUGCCUCUCUUCCUUCUGCACAUCCAAGUUUCACGCCCCAAAAACACCUUGAGAUGUCCCAAAAAUGGAAGGCACCACCUCAUCCAAGCGGGCCCAUCGAUCUGUUUAUUGGAAUUCUUUCAUCAGGAAAUCAUUUCGCCGAGCGAAUGGCGGUUAGGAAGUCAUGGAUGCAACAUGAUCUCAUCAAGUCUUCUCAUGUCGUUGCUCGUUUCUUUGUGGCACUCCACGCAAGAAAGGCAGUGAAUGUCGAGUUAAAGAAAGAAGCCGACUUCUUUGGCGAUAUCGUCAUUGUACCUUACAUGGAUCAUUACGACCUCGUUGUUUUGAAAACCGUUGCAAUAUGCGAAUACGGUGUUCAUACGGCUUCCGCAAAGUAUAUCAUGAAAUGUGAUGAUGACACGUUUGUUAGAGUCGACAUUGUUUUAAACGAGGCAAACAAAGUAAGCGAUGGCAAAAGCAUAUAUGUGGGAAACAUCAAUUACUAUCAUCAACCUUUACGCUAUGGGAAAUGGGCCGUAACAUAUGAGGAAUGGCCGGGAGAAGAUUAUCCACCAUACGCAAACGGUCCGGGCUAUGUUAUAUCAUCGGAUAUUGCCGAGUUCAUAGCAUCGGAAUUCGAGAAGCAUAAAUUGAAGUUGUUUAAGAUGGAAGAUGUGAGCAUGGGAAUGUGGGUUGAGCAAUUCAACAAAAAGAAUCCGGUUGAUUACGUUCAUAGUUUGAAGUAUUGCCAGUUUGGUUGCAUCGAAGAUUAUUAUACAGCACAUUAUCAAUCUCCAAGACAAAUGCUAUGCUUGUGGAACAAAUUACAGCUUCUUGGACGACCAGAAUGUUGUAACAUGAGAUGACCAUAGCUAGGGUCUUUGUAACUUACAGUAGACACAUACAGAAUCAAAUUUUUUCCAUACAAAAUGUAGGAAAUAAGAAAUUAGUAGCUUUUGGGGUUGAUAUUUUAAGCACAACAAAUGGUACAAUUUAGCUUCUACAACUGAAAUCCUGAGAGAUGGUCUAUAUUAUAAGUUAUGACGAUU